GCCAGAGACUAGGAUGGAAAGAAGGAAAGGACAUACCAUGGCCUUCCACAGUAUUUAUAGUUCCAGCAUCCUGGGUUACCCAACAUACAGGCCAAUUCUCCCCUACUGCAUGCACCGCUUCUCUUCUCUGUCACCAUACCAGCGACAGCUUCUGGAGAAGACCCAAAGCUACAUUCGCAUGUUCUGUGCUGGCCUCUUGGGCUUCAUCUUUGUCCUGCUGCUGUCCUUGUACUCUUUACAUUGGGUGAAGUUCAUGGUAUUGAAAGACAAGAAGAUGCUCUUUGCAGGGCUCUGGACAGUGUGUCACCAUGAUCUCUGCUGGAGCCAUGUGCCAAAGGCACCCUACUACCUCCAAUUCUCCAGGGCCUUCUUCCUCAUCUCUGCCCUCAUCACCCUCACUAUUAUUAUAUGGCUCAGCAUCUCUCUCAUCAAAGGGCCAGGAGACAAAACCUACAUAGAUCUGGGCAUAUCCAUCUUCUCUUUCAUCUCAGGCACCUGCCUACUCCUCUGCCUCAUCUUGUUCCUGAUGCAAGUGAAAUUGUACAGUAGGAACGUCUUGAAGCCCCAUUUCCUAUUAGUCUACCGCCUCAAUUGGUGGAGCAGUAUCUUCUACAUGAUAGCAGGGUUCCUCUCUGGACUCAAUUAUAUAAGUUCCCGAGUUACCCCUCCAGAUCAAAAUCUCCUUGUGAUCCCUAUUUCAAGAACAAGGAUAGGAAGUGUAGCCACAGUACAGCUGGGGCUAACUGAAACAAAUGUAGGUGCUUCUACACAGAUGAGUCAGGUACUAGAAAGACAGUCUGGUUCAGUGAUACAAUCAAAGGUCCAUAGAAUGGGGACUCAAACAGAGGUAGGGACCCAGACAGAGCCAGUGACAGAGACAAAGACAGUAGCCCAAAAAGUGCUAGGAACUCAGACCAAAUCAGAGGUUCAGGCUGAGUCAAGGACCCAGACAGAGCCAGAGAUAGGAAAUGAAUCAGUAAUCAGAGAUGCGUUGACAGAGUUCACUACUGAAAUAGAAUCAAUAGACGCAGUAGAGCCAAGACCUGAGGUGGAGAUAAUUGGGAGUGCGACUGGUGAUAUGCUAAGCAGUAGCCUUGAGGGUAAUGGAAACAGAAUGACCCAAGUCAAGGAUUGUGAGGACAGAGAGUCAGCUGAGAAAAAUGAGGAUAAGACAAAAAAUUAAUCUUAGAUAUAAGGUGGUGAGAGCAGAGAUAUUAAAAACAAAAAGGUUUCCUUUUAGGCUUAAUGAUAUAUUUGUUGGAUCUGUAAGAAAUGUGGUAGGAGUAUCAGAAGUAAUUCUGAGGUAACAAUAGAACCCUCUGUGAAACCCCCCCUGGAUUACACCUCUUUCACUGAGCAAGUUGAUACUAGGGGUGAACCAUACAAAUCAUUUGGAUGAUUUAGGUAAAAGCCACCAAUAAUUUAAGGAUCAUAAGGACAGCAAUGCAAAUCUUAUUAAAGGAAGUUUCCAUGUUAGUGUUGUGUGCUGUGACUGGGAGAGGCUGGCAAGAGAUGACAUGUCCAGGCCA